AUGCCAGGUGGAUCAGAACACGAGAUUAGUCUAGCAAGUCAUGGGAAAGGCGGACAUUUUACACGGACCGUGGUGAAAACAAUCGGUACGUAAACUAAUGUCAACCAAGCGUAGUGCCUUAUACUACAUUUGGCUUAAUUGCAACAGGAAUACCAGUCGCCAAGAAGGUUCCUUUGUUUAUACCGAGUUUGCAAAUUGAAAGAGUUCCACAGAAUUAUCCAGUUCCGGUAAUCGUGAAGAAACCUGUUCCUUACCAGGUGGAGAAACAAGUAUUUACGAAGGUGGAGAAAAAGGUACCCACGCCCAUCGAGAAAAUCAUUCCAGUGAAAAUUGAAAAGCCUGUACCGUUCCAUGUAGUGAAACAUAUUCCUGUCCCAGUGGUGAAGCCUAUUCCAAUUAAGAUUCCAAUUCACAAAACGAUAGUGCACAGUCACAAGGGCCAUUAA